CUUAAGUGUCGCAGUACCCAUCAGCGGCAUUGGCAAGGCUCGUGAAUCAAUAAGGAGUUCAUAAUGUCGCUACUUGCACCCAUUAUCUGCGACAAUGGGACCGGAUUCUCCAAAAUUGGCUUCGCAGGCAAUUCCGAUCCGUCCUUUGUCUUCCCAACAGCGAUCGCGACUCGCGGCGGACCCACUGCGCAGUCCGCACGCGGAGGCCCUCCUAUCCCUGCUAAACCCGGCAACCUCGCCUCAAAACGCGGUAUUGAAGACCUUGACUUCUUUAUCGGCGACGAGGCGCUCGCGAACUCCAAGACGCCUGGUUAUGGCGUGCACUAUCCGAUUCGACACGGGAUGAUUGAGAAUUGGGAUCAUAUGGAGAGGUAUUGGGAACAGACGAUCUUCAAGUAUCUGCGUGCUGAACCCGAGGAUCACUAUUUCCUCUUGACCGAACCUCCGCUCAACCCACCCGAGAACAGAGAACAGACCGCAGAGAUAUUCUUCGAGUCCUUUAACAUCAAGGGUCUUUACAUCGCCGUUCAAGCCGUACUUGCACUUGCCGCUUCAUGGUCGUCGAAUCGCGUGACGGACCGCACACUGACAGGCACGGUCAUUGAUUCUGGUGACGGUGUUACGCAUGUUAUACCCUGUGCGGAGGGCUACGUAAUCGGAAGCGCGAUAAAACAUAUCCCAAUCGCCGGUCGCGAUAUCACGCAGUUCGUCCUCAAUCUCAUGCGAGAGCGGGGUGAAAUGACAACUGUCCCACCUGAGGACCAAUUGAAGGUCGCAUCUAAAGUCAAGGAAGAUUACAGCUAUGUCUGCCAGGAUAUAGUGAAGGAAUUUAGGAAGUACGAUGUGGAGCCAUACAAGUACUUUGAGAGAUAUGAUGGAGAAUCCAGCGUGACGAGAAGGAAAUACGCUCUCGAUAUCGGCUAUGAACGGUUCCUUGCACCGGAGAUCUUCUUCAAUCCCGAAAUCUACUCGUCCGAUUUCUUGACACCUCUACCGGAAAUUGUCGACGAUGUCAUACAGUCUUCUCCCAUAGAUGUACGCCGUGGUCUGUACAAGAACAUCGUAUUGUCCGGCGGGUCCACCAUGUUCCAGCACUUUGGGCAACGUUUGAAACGGGAUUUGAGGCAACUUGUAGAUCGCCGGCUUGAGGCCAGUGUGAUUUCCAGCCGCAGUACCCAAAAAUCUUCAGGCGUAGAGGUCGAAGUGAUCUCGCAUAAGCGUCAGCGGUAUGCUGUAUGGUUCGGUGGUUCACUUUUGGCUUCGCUGCCUGAAUUCUACAACUUCUGUCACACCAAAGCACAAUACGAUGAAAUAGGACCCAGCAUUUGUCGACGAUACCAGAUCUUUGGCAGUGCGACCUAGAAGCGUUUCGCAUGCUGAUGAUGAUAGAUCAGUGACGAAGUUUUUGAAAUAACCACGUGUAUGUAGAGUGGAAUGGAGUUAGGUUUACAGAAAACGUGUAAUGGUGUAUCGCAGUGCCACUUUUUGUUUUCUUUUUCGAAACACGACUUGGUGGCUGUACGGCGGGGGUAGACCGCGGCUGACAUUGCCUCCUGUAUACCUGACGUAUGCAGACCCGUCA